AGAACUGUGAUUUCUCUGUAGCGAUUUUCUUUGGUGUGCGGUGGAGGAUAGUGGUGGUAGAGACUUGAAGUUUGAAGUAAAAAAUUAGGGUUUAGUUACGUGUGUCAGUAUUCCUGUAAGUAGUUAAAACAGCCAGUCAUAAUGGAAGAAUAUGCCCGAGAACCUUGUCCAUGGAGAAUAGUUGACGAUUGCGGUGGUGCGUUCACAAUGGGUUGUUUGGGUGGUGCUGUUUUCCAGAGCAUUAAAGGCUUCCGUAAUGCGCCGUCGGGAAUCUCCCACAGAUUGAUGGGCAGCCUCGCAGCGAUUAAGCAAAGGUCUCCUAUCAUAGCUGGAAACUUUGCCGUAUGGGGAGGCAUGUUCUCUACCAUUGACUGUACACUAGUACACUUCAGACAGAAAGAAGAUCCAUGGAACUCAAUUAUAUCGGGUGCAGCAACAGGUGGAAUCCUGGCAGCUCGAUCAGGCUUGCCAACCAUGGUAGGCAGUGCAGUUGUUGGAGGAGUCCUCCUCGCCCUAAUUGAAGGGAUCGGCAUAAUGGUAACACGACUCACAGCUGACCAGUUCCGACCUGCCAGUCCGAUAAUGGAAGACCCUGGCCAACUAGGCAGACCACCGAAUGUACAAUAGCAUAAUACAAACAGCCAUUAGUUGCCGAAUUCCCUGUUAUGCCAGUGGACAAAUCUUUUGUGAUUCUAUGCAGUGAGCAUAUUUGUAGUGCUCUUAAGAAACUUGGCACUCGCUGCCUGUGUUUUAGGACCUUUGAGGAUUACUGGCACAUGUUGAGAUCUUUUGUGUAAAUAACUGUAAUGUAUAUAAUUCCAUAAUUUUAUGUACUGUAGUAAUAGAUGAAGGUGAAGCAAUAGUUUUUGAUUUUUAAAUUUGAGAGUUUUCAUUUUUUAAUACAACUGCACACCAUUACUGGUACAGUUUUUUAUUUAACAUAAUGUUAAAAUGUGUUCCUUGCUGUACAUCAGUGUCCUGUAACUAGUCAUGAUGUGUGCACAUCUGAUAACAUUCCUUGUCAUUUUUUCGGCUCAAAAAAUAUUAUAAAUUUACUGUUCGUUUCGUGACUCUGCUUCCAGUCAUUUCAUUUCUGGAUUGUUGGUAUUAUGAGAGACUAGUCUAGUAAAAUAUGCUGUGGUGUGAGGUCAGACUAUAGUGUGAUGGAAAUACAGAAUUUCAAAAGUCAGUUGGCAUCUGCUGGGAAGAAAUUAUUCUUAUCAGACUUGUAACUCAUAAACAGCUCAGUUAUUUUUCUGAUUCCUAAUGUGGAAAAAUAAUGAACAGAUUUUGCCCAUUA